GGAGGAAAUCCAGUGCCUGGUUUUGCAGCCCGGCCGGCCCCGUCCCGGCCCCGCCGUGACAUCAGGCAGCUCGGGGGGCGGUUGCGGGCUCCCGGCGCGCUGCCCCGCUCUUGCGGGGCUCUCCCGCCGCGCCUCCCGGGCUGCUCCGACCCCGCCGCGGCUUUCCCUCCUUUCCCCUCUCCUUCCCCGGCAUCCAUCCCCGCUCCCCGGGCGUCCCGGGGGCGCUGUGGCGGGGCCGGCGGCGGGGCCGGGGAUGCGGAGCCGAUGGUGAGCCGCCGGCGAGCCCCCCCGCACCAUGCCGCCGCGCCCGCCCCCGAGAAGAUGUUCGAGGGCUGCCGGCGGGCUCGGAGCCUCUGGGGCGGCGUGAGGCUGGAGGUGGCCGGGGAGAGCAGCCCCGUGGUGCUGCACAGCUUCACCCAGCUGGAUCCCGACCUGCCGCCGCUGGAGAGCUCCACACAGGAGAUUGGAGAAGAGCUGGAGGAUGGUGUGAUCUACAGCAUAUCGCUCCGGAAAGUGCAGCUCCAUCACACGGCCAACAAAGGGCAGCGAUGGCUGGGGUUUGAGAAUGAGUCGGCCCUAAACCUCUACGAGACGUGCAAGGUGCGGACGAUAAAAGCUGGGACCUUGGAGAAGCUGGUGGAGUACCUGGUCUCAGCCUUCAAGGGCAAUGACUUCACCUAUGUCACCAUCUUCCUGUGCACUUACCGGGCCUUUGCCACCACCAAGCAAGUGCUGGACCUGCUCCUUAACAGGUACGGCAAACUCCACGUGCAGGCCAAUGGGGACCAUGCCAGGCACGCUGUGGAUGAGAGGAUGGAGCUGAAGAACACCAUCUCCUCCAUCCUGGGUGCCUGGCUGGACCAGUACUCAGAGGACUUCCGCAAGCCCCCGGACUUCAGCUGCCUCAAGCAGCUCAUCUCCUACGUGCGCCACAACAUCCCCGGCUCGGACCUGGAGCGCCGAGCCCGCAUCCUUCUGGCCCAGUUCCAGCAGCAGGAGCAGAGCGAGUCUGAAGUGGAAGCCGUGGACCACAGCAGCUGCACCUUCCAGCUGGUGGAGGAGAACGGGGUCGGGGAUGGGAAGCCGGAUUUCCUCUCCUUCUCCCCAGAGAUGGUGGCAGAACAGUUCACGCUGAUGGACGCUGAGCUGUUUAAGAAAGUGGUGCCUUACCACUGCCUGGGCUGCAUCUGGUCGCAGCGAGACAAGAAGGGCAAAGAGCACCUGGCUCCCACCAUCCGUGCCACGGUCUCGCAGUUCAACAGCGUGGCCAACUGCGUCAUCGCCACCUGCCUCGGGGACCGCUCCCUGAAGCCGCAGCAGAGGGCCAAGGUGGUGGAGCGCUGGAUCGAGGUGGCUCGGGAGUGUCGUAUCCUGAAGAACUUCUCCUCCCUCCGAGCCAUCCUCUCAGCUCUGCAGUGCAAUGCUGUUCACCGGCUCAAAAAGACCUGGGAUGAGGUCCUACGAGAGAGCUUCCGCACUUUCCACGAGCUCUCCGAGAUCUUCUCUGACGAGAACAACCACUCGCUGAGCCGGGAGCUUCUCAUUAAGGAGGGCACAUCUAAAUUCGCCACCUUGGAGAUCAACCCCAAGAGGGCUCAGAAGCGGCAGCAACAGCAGCGGGAGAUGGGCGUGAUGCAGGGCACCAUUCCCUACCUUGGCACUUUCCUCACGGAUCUGGUGAUGCUGGACACUGCCAUGAAGGAUUUCCUGGAUGGUGGGCUGAUCAACUUUGAGAAGAGAAGGAAGGAGUUCGAAGUCAUUGCCCAGAUCAAGCUGCUUCAGUCAGCCUGCAACAACUACAGCUUCACACAGGAGGACCAGUUUGUGGACUGGUUCCACAGCCUGGAGCGGCUCAGCGAGGCCGAGAGCUACGGGCUGUCAUGUGAGAUUGAGCCACUGUCCGAGUCAGCCAGCAACACGUUGAAGGCGAAGAAAAACACGGGCAUCAUCAAGCGCUGGAGCGACCGGCAGCCGCCGAGCACCGAGCCCUGCGCCAGCGGCAGCUCCCACUCGAAAUCCUUCGACCAGCUCAAGUGUGGGCAGUACCUGUGCAGUGGGGACACCACCGACUCGGUGAGCGUCACCUCCGCCGGCUCCAGCAGCUCCGACGUGGAGGAGAUCAACAUCAGCUUCAUCCCUGAGUCCCCCGACUGCCAGGAGAAGAAGGUCAGUGAGAUCCCUCUGGCCUCCCUUCCCCAGCGCUGGUACGCCCCGUCUGUGGCCGAUGGAGAAGCUAAACCCACUGUGUCCUCCGCAUCCCCUCUCCUCCCUGCCCUCCAGUUCUGGGAAUCCACCUCUCUGUCCUCCCUGGACACGUCGGGCAUUGGCUCGGGCUCCAGCAGUGCCUCGUCCUCCUCUGUCUCCUCCACGCCGGUCACAGCCUCCCGCACCCACAAGCGCUCGGUGUCGGGCAUCUCCAGCUACUCCUCCCUCUCGCUGCCCCUCUACAACCAGCAGGUCGACGACUGCUGCAUCAUCCGCGUCAGCCUGGCUGUGGACAACGGCAACAUGUACAAGAGCAUCCUGGUGACAAGCCAGGACAAGACCCCGGUGGUUAUUCGCAAGGCGAUGGCCAAACAUAACCUGGAUGGGGAUCGGCCUGAAGACUAUGAGCUCGUUCAGAUCAUCUCAGAGGAGAGAGAGCUGAAGAUCCCUGACAACGCCAACGUCUUCUACGCCAUGAACUCCGCUGCCAACUACGACUUCGUGCUGAAGAAGCGGGGCUUCUCCAAGGGCGUCAAGAUCAAGCACGGCUCCAGCUCCACCCUGCCCAGGAUGAAGCAGAAAGGCCUGAAGAUCGCCAAGGGCAUCUUCUAGCCUCAGCCCCACUGCCAGCCAUCACCGACGGGGCCUUGGGGACAGGCUGCUCCGGGCUUGGCCGUGCAUCUCCCUCCCGCACCGAGAGCCGGGGCACUUUGGCAACUGGCAUCGCCGCCGCCUCUCCGCACAAGCUCCCGUUUCAAUCAGGUGUCUUUUUUCUACCCAGGAAGGCAGCAGCAGGUGGGGAGGGGAAAUUACCUUGGUUUCAUUUGUUGUUUUGUUGGUGUUUUUUAACCUUCCACGGUGCGACGCCAGCCCAGGCGCCGGCCAGCCCCGAGCUGAGCCCGCCUCUGCCGUAGGUGCCUUGUGUCCGAGCGAGCCGGGGAGCGGUGACUCGCAGAGGGGCCCUUUGCCAGGAGCACAGCACGAGCCCUCACCCUGGGGCUGCAAAGCCUCCAGCUGGUGGGGUGCUCUCCUUCCCAGCUUUCCUGGUGUUGUUUUACCUCCACGUCCUUCCUCCCCGGGAUAACCGGCAUCGCCACUGCCGCACACCUCUGCUUGUCCUUCCCUUGGGAGGGGCUGUGGCUGCUCUGGGCUGGAAAGGCUGCAGCUCUGCGCCGGUGCUGGGAGCCCCAGGGAGGGAGGGGGCUGUGGCCGUGGUGGGAUGGAGCAGGCGCCUGGUGCUCUCCACAGCUGGAAGCCUGUGUGGUCUGGCUCCUCUCCCUGAUGCAGCACAUCCUCCAGCUGGGCUCGGACGGGCCCCUGUUCAAACUUGCACCAAAGAUCCAACGCCAGUGUCUGUUCUGCCGCCGGGGGAAGCUCUGGGCCGGCUCCCACGCCGACAGCCUGAGGAGGAGGAGCAGGAGAGCAGAUUUCUGUCUGACCUGUAAACAGAGACGUUUGCUAUGGGCGGGUGGGUGAGGAGCUGCAGAGCUCCGUGUGCCCGGCUGCCCCCGCCUGACCCGCAGGAAGUGCCACUCACCUUGGGCUUUAACCGGACCUUGUCAAACACUGACCCUGGGAGACGCAGCAAUGGGACUUCUUUUGUAUCAAAGUUUACUGUCUUUUUUUUUUUUUUCAAUAUUUAUUGGUUGUAAAUAGAAGAGAUGAACUUGUACAUUUUACUAACCCAGCCCCACCCCCUGCAGCCCAGUCCCUCUCCUCUCCCCACCCUGGUAUUUAAGGCUGCUGGGAGGGCCGUUGGCAGCUGCAGUGCUUUGCUGUGCUUGUGGGGUGCAGACCCCACAGCUGCCCUCUCCCUCAUUUCUCUACCACUAGUCACUGGAGCAGGGGCAGAGAGGCUCGUUAGAAUCACUGUAGGAAACGCUAACUGAAGGGGGACUUUUUUUAGCCUCUGGCUCCACCUCGUGGGGGUUUUUUUCAGCGCUUCCUUCCAGCACAUCUUUCCUGUUUCCCCAUCUGAGCUGUUGGGCGGGUGCAGCACCUUCCCAGCGCCAAGAGAGUAGCUGAGGCUGGUGGCAGGAGUGGGGCCGUGGGCCCCCAGCACCGGGGUGGGGGGAGCGGCUGUGGGUGGUGGCCAGAGCUGAGCUCUCCCAGCCCCUCGGGUGGCAUCGCCCGUCGCUGCAGAUGAUGGGAGCCCCUGGCUCCCUGACGCAGGGGCAGCCUCCUGCCCCCCCACCCUGCCCAAAGCUCAGCCUCUGCCCCUGGGCACCAGCACCCCAGGGUCUGCCCUCUGCUUCUGCUCCCCUUGGGCCAUGCUGGCCCCUACUGCUGUUACCCAGCAGCCCCAUCAUGCAAGGGACUGACUGUACCAUAUGUAUUUUGUACCACUUCAAUGAAGGAGCACACUGCCUAGUGUGACUUGUACACAGCAAUGUAAUUAGUCUUUGCAAUAAAAUACUGAUGCUCAGAA